CCCGGCGCCCCGUCCCCCUGCGGCCCGGACUUGGUACGGCCGGGCGGUUGGCGUCCUCUUCUGUUCCAGCCAGGGGCGGGCUUUUCAAAUCUUUCCUCUGGAACUGUGGCAACGGCCCCGACGUGGGCGAGGGAGAUGGAGGGUCCGACGGUGCAGGGGCCGGAGCCGGGCCUGGCGAGGCUUCCUACCCAGCAGGACUGCAACAUUCAAGAGAAAAUAGACUUUGAAAUUCGAAUGCGAGAAGGAAUAUGGAAACUCCUUUCUCUGAGCACUCAAAAAGACCAGGUUUUACAUGCAGUUAAGAAUCUUAUGGUGUGCAACGCUCGAAUAAUGGCUUACACAUCAGAGCUACAGAAAUUAGAAGAGAAGAUUGCAAAUCAAACAGGAAGAUGUGAUGUGAAUUUUGAAAGUAAAGAACGCACAGCAUGCAGAGGAAGGAUUGCUGUAUCAGAUAUUCGAAUACCACUAAUGUGGAAGGACUCUGAUCACUUCAGCAAUAAAGAACGAUCACAGCGCUAUGCCAUUUUUUGUUUAUUCAAAAUGGGAUCUAAAGUUUUUGAUACUGACAUGGUUAUUGUGGAUAAAACAAUCACAGAUAUAUGUUUUGAAAACGUAACCAUAUUGUAA